GUUUGUAUGCACUUUCUCAGAGGGGACGUCGAGAAAUACGUCGCUUGUCGGAAUCCAGCGACAGUCCAAUGACUGCUCUCAGGUUUCUGUAUGCGUGCAUUCGAUUGUGUGAAUGGCAUCGAAGCAUCUAUUGUAUGCACCGAGUCAUCUAUUGAAAAAGAAAAAGAAUUCGUGCACUCUGAAGACAAAAGUACAACUUAGUUCAGUUAAAAAGAACAGACCCAUCCAUUGAAAAUAUCCACCUUUAUGGCUAUGCGUGUAUAUAUAAAACGUGCAGUGUACAUAUAAAAUAUCACUUCUAAUUGGGAAAUUACGUUUCAAAACAAAUACACGAUGACGUUACACAUAUUAAAUAGGCUGUUGGCCACUACUAAUCACUAUAGGAAACCUCCCGGUAGAGGACUUUUCUAUUGGCUAACAAUAAUAUUCAAUAAUGUUGACAGAAAAAGAGUUAAGUUAGUUGGUCCAGACCGUGCCUGUGCUGAAUGGCUUUUAAGGAAUGGUGCCAGUGUCCGAUGGAAAGGUUUCACAGAAUAUCUAAGUGAUUAUAAUAAUUUGCCUACAGAAGAUACUCGAUGCUAUAUACAAGGUGUAGAUGCUACAGAUUCUGGAAUUACUGAUGUAGGAUUUCCACAUUUUGAGGGUUGCAAAUAUAUCGAUGAGAUAAAACUUAUACGUUGUGUUUAUAUAAAUAACACUGCUUUACCAUUAUUGUCAAUAGUAAAGAAUACUUUAACUACUCUUGAGAUCAGAGAUUGCAAGAGUGUAACCGAUGAUGGAGUGCGCAGCUUAAAGAAUUUGAAAAAUCUGAAGAUGUUGAAGCUAGCUGGUAUGCCAUAUUUGGAUGAUAAAACCUUGCUCAGGAAAGAACUUGAAGAAGCCUUACCAAAUUGUGUAAUAGAAUUGAAAUAGAUUAUAUAAAGAAUAAAUUAUAUACAUGUAUUCUAAUAGUAUUUAUAUAAAAUAGUCUAAAUAAUCUAAAAUAAAAUGUCUAGAUUUCUUAUUAC